AUGAACAAAAUCGAUGGCUGGGGAUCUUUGGAGGCCGAGGGAAAAAUAUUCAUAAUGAUAAAGCCUCAACACGACGCUACCUUCUCACGCAUGACCAAAAUCGAUGGCUGGGGAUCUUUGGAGGCCGAGGGAAAAAUAUUAAUAAUGAUGAAGCCUCAACACGACGCUACCUUCUCACGCAUGACCAAAAUCGAUGACUGGGGAUCUUUGGAGGCCGAGGGAAAAAUAUUAAUAAUGAUGAAGCCUCAACACGACGCUACCUUCUCACGCAUGAACAAAAUCGAUGGCUGGGGAUCUUUGGAGGCCGAGGGAAAAAUAUUCAUAAUGAUGAAGCCUCAACACGACGCUACCUUCUCACGCAUGAACAAAAUCGAUGGCUGGGGAUCUUUGGAGGCCGAGGGAAAAAUAUUCAUAAUGAUGAAGCCUCAACACGACGCUACCUUCUCAAUCAUGAACAAAAUCGAUGGCUGGGGAUCUUUGGAGGCCGAGGGAAAAAUAUUAAUAAUGAUAAAGCCUCAACACGACGCUACCUUCUCACGCAUGAACAAAAUCGAUGGCUGGGGAUCUUUGGAGGCCGAGGGAAAAAUAUUAAUAAUGAUGAAGCCUGAACACGACGCUACCUUCCCACAAUGCACCAAAAUCGAUGGCUGGGGAUCUUUCGAGGCCGAGGGAAAAAUAUUCAUAAUGAUGAAGCCUCAACACGACGCUACCUUCUCACGCAUGAACAAAAUCGAUGUCUGGGGAUCUUUGGAGGCCGAGGGAAAAAUAUUCAUAACGAUAAAGCCUCAACACGACGCUACCUUCUCACGCAUGAACAAAAUCGAUGGCUGGGGAUCUUUCGAGGCCGAGGGAAAAAUAUUCAUAAUGACGAAGCCUCAACACGACGCUACCUUCUCACUCGCCCUAACAAAAUCGAUGACUGGGGAUCUUUGA